AGAUGUUAAUGAAUCUCCUCCCUCUCCUUUUUAAAUAAAGGACUUUGGUCACGUUGAUCAGAUCAGAGUGGGAACACACGGAGUAAGACAUGGGAUUCUUCUCCCUGUAAGCAUGUGUGCAGGAUUUGUUAUGUGAGGAGAGCGUCCAGCUGAACGGGUGAUGGAGGAUCUGGARGGCCUCGGCUCCUCUCAGCAGGGUGCAGGGACCAACAGGACCGGGCCUGAGGACUCUGUGGGCGGCUUGUCCGGGAGGAGUCAGGCGCUGCUGGAGGUGCUCCUGGUGCUCAUGUGUUCGGGCGCAGUGAUGGGGAAUCUUCUCGUCCUUGUCAUCGUGGCUGCCACCAGGACCCUCCACGCGGUGACGUCCGUGCUGAUCACGAACUUGGCCAUCAGUGACCUCCUGGUGGGUGUCGGAGCGAUGCCUUUUGUCGCUCUGUCCGUCACGAACCGCAGAUGGGUGCGGUGUACCGAGCUCUGCUUGUUCGUUGGUUACGCCUCCUCCGUGUUCUGCACGGCUUCUGUUCUGACACUGGCUGCCAUCGCUCUUGACCGCUACUUUUCCAUCGUGGACUGCCUGCGCUACAGCUCCCGCUGCACCCUGUGGAGGACCUGCUGCGUGGUCCUGUGGAUCUGGCUGCAGGCCCUGGCUACUUGUAGUCCUCCACUUCUGGGCUGGAGCUCAAUCACCUACGUGGCUCCAAUGUAUAACUGUGCGACCAGCUGGGCCGGCAGUCCCAGCUACACGGCCUUCGUGGCUGUUUUUUCCUACCUCCUACCCGCAGUGGUGAUCCUCUACUGCUACGUGAACAUCGUCAAGGUGGCCCACAGCCACGCCAGGAGGAUCCAUACCCUGGAGGACUCUGUCCAGCGCCGGAGCAACUCCUGCUCUGCCUGCAAUCAAAGCGAUUCAGCUCACCGGAACUGUAGGAGUCCCUGGAGACUGAUCUGCCACGUAAACGGAGCGUUCGUGUCUCAGUCCAGUUCGGAAGCGGAGAACAUCCACCACGUUCUUCCCGAGAGUCGCACUUCARCCCGACGUCUGCGCUCCUUCCAACCACCUGCUCAGAACCAUCAUCACGGAGCGGUGCGCCUUCUUCUCAUCAUCGCAGCUUUUCUCAUCUGCUGGACACCCUACACGAGCGUUGCUCUUGUCCAGGCCGCUGAAGCUGCGGUCACCGGCCGCUCCGGCCUCGUCCCAGACUCUGCCAUCACCUUCUCCUACUGGCUGCUGCUGUUGAACUCUGAUAUCAAUCCUCUUCUGUACGCUCUGCUCAGUAAGCGUUUCCAAAGUGCUCUCUGGGGACUCGGGCACAGAAUAAGAGCUCGUUUGGGGUGGUUGCUGGGCUGGGAAGGGGAGGUGGGAGCAGAGGGAGGUGAGCUCAGGAGCAGCGUCCCCUGCUCCCUGACCUCCUCACAUCCCAGUCCCCGUUCCAGCACGGAGAGUUUGACCUGCGAAGACUCCAAGUACUCCUCCUCCGUUUUUACCAUUAGUGCCGGCUUCAAACGCCACACUGAGGUCCACGUGUGUAAGACGUGUCAACGUGGAAACGCCUCUUCCUCCUCUGUGUGGCCGGAGUUCGACACGAAACACAGUCUGCAGGUCCCGUCUCGGCCUCAAGAGGGAAGCAGACUUCCUUUUUCUGCUCUGACAAAGGAGCAGCAGGCCACUUUUUUCUUUGGUCAGAUUACAGUGAGAGUAGAGCACGAUAUCUGCUAAAGUAAGCAAAUUACCUUUAAUCAUCUUUUGUUGGACCAUCCUUUCUACAGAAGGCUUCACAUCAGACUGGAGAAUGGUGCAAAAUAAGCCCAAAACAUCUCUCCACCUCCAUGCUUGACAGUGAAAACCAGGUGUUUAUGCCUCUUUGUGGUAUUUAAGUUGUACUCAGGGCCGGCCCUAGACAUUUGGGGGCCCUAAGCAAGAUCUGUUUUGGGGGCCCUACUUCACCAUAAGUAGACCGUAAAAGAUACGCAAAAUUAAAUGCUGUCCGUUUCCUGCAUUCUGGAGUAUUUUAACAGGUUGAUAAACAUUUUAAAGUAAACACUUGAUUUCAUA